ACACGUAUACGGGGUAAGUACCGGCGAGUGCACCAAGAUGGCCGACUGCAGGAAGAUAUUUUCCACAUUUGUCGGUCUUUCAGUGGUUUUCUUCCUACUCGUUGUCGAUUCUCCUGCUCUUGGGGUAAAGAAGAAAGAGAAUGCCUUGGGAGACAAGGUGCAGCAGCUGAUGGAGUGGAGCUCCAAGCGGCCGGUGAUUCGGAUGAACGGCGACAAGUUCCGUCAGUACGUACGCGCCGCCCCGAGGAACUACUCCGUGAUCCUGAUGCUGACGGCGCUUCAGCCACAGAGACAGUGUACUGUGUGCAGACAAGCUAAUGAUGAGUUCCAGAUCGUGGCCAACUCCUGGCGCUACUCUCCCUCCUUCUCCAACAAGCUGUUCUUCGCCAGCGUGGACUAUGAUGAGGGUGCAGAUGUCUUCAGCACUUUGAAGCUGAACUCAGCUCCCAGCUUCAUGCAUUUCCCCGGCAAGGGCAAGCCUAAGAAGGGAGAUACAUUUGACAUCCAGAGAACUGGAUUUGCAGCUGAGUCCAUUGCCAAGUGGAUCAACGAGAGGACUGAUGUACAUAUUCGUGUGUUCCGCCCGCCCAACUAUUCCGGCAGCAUCGCGCUGGGCCUGCUCUUCACCCUGAUUGGUGGCCUGCUGUACCUGCGCAGGAACAACCUGGAGUUCCUGUACAACAAGACAUCCUGGGGGAUCGGCGCUCUGUGCAUUGUGUUUGCCAUGACGUCUGGCCAGAUGUGGAACCACAUCCGAGGUCCUCCGUACGCUCACAAGAACCCUCAGACUGGACAAGUGCAUUAUAUCCAUGGCAGCAGCCAGGCCCAGUUCAUAGCUGAAACCCACAUUGUGAUCCUGCUCCAUGCUGCUGUGACAUUUGGGAUGGUGCUGCUCCAUGAGACUGCAGUGUCCAAGGGAGAUGUGGGCAAACGUAGAAUUGUGACGUUGGUUGGACUCGGGAUUGUAGCCUUCUUCUUCAGCCUACUGCUGUCUAUAUUCAAGUCCAAGUACCAUGGAUAUCCUUACAGCUUCCUCAUCAAGUGAGAAGAACUGGUGCUAAAGCUCCAAUAGCUGAAUACUGUUAAAGGUUGUUUUGCAUGAGCAUCCCAUCCAAUCGACCCCCACAAAACUCAGAUUCGAAUCAGCCACAUGAAACAAAAUCUGGGCAAGCAGACCCACUAGGAACUGGGAAAGGAUUUGUCAGGCCACGGUAGUGCU